AUGCCACAUAAUACCUUUUUCGGAAAUUUGGAGGUACCAGGACCGAAUGGGACAUUGCCAGUACCUCCACAACUUUUGCAUAAGAAUACCACAACGGUCAACCAGAUUCUAGGUCUUCCGGGGAUGUUUUCGACAUUUAGUGGCCAUGACCUCAGGAACUUACGAAUAUUGGCAAUCACGGCUUCAUCCUUAUCAAUAGUUUCAUGCGUUGUAUCCGUAUUUUUUCUUCUGAAUAUUGAUAGAAGGAGACGAACAUUCAGGCAUGAUUUGGUUUUUUUUUUAUUUAUCUGUGAUUUAGUGAAAGCAUUCGUGCUUAUGAUAUAUCCUUUGGUGAUAUUGGUGCGCAAUGAUGUCUAUUCUAGUCCCCAAUUCUACAAUACGUUGGGCUGGUUUACGGCGUAUUGCGUAGAAGGUGCAGACUUGGCCAUCUUUUUCUUUGCAAUUCACUUUGCUUUACUUAUAUUCAAGCCAUCUUGGAAAUGGCGUAACAAGAGGUCCAAAAAUGUGGAAGGUGGUCUUUACCAGUUCAGAGCAUACAUCUGGCCAAUAACUGCAUUGGCUCCCCUUGUACUGGCUAGUCUGGCGUUUGUUAAUUUUAAGCUUAUAGAUACUCAAGACCUCAUCGACAAUACUGUGGUAGUUCUCGACAAUAAUAAUUAUCACUUCGACGAUUUCGCUAAAUUAGGUGGUUAUAAACCGUACAGUGCAUGGUGUUACUUACCACCGUUUCCACUUUGGUAUAAGCUGGUUUUAAGUUGGGGACCAAGAUAUUUUGUGAUUGUUUUCAUAUUUGUUCUUUAUUUGUCCAUAUACAUCUUCGUAAGAAGACAGAGUAGUAGGAUUAAAAGCCAAAUUCAUGAUUUUAAACAUAAGCAAGAAGCCGAAAGGGAGAAGGCAAGAAUUAAAACCUCCUUAGGCAUGCUACUUUGGGGGAUUCAAAAAUAUGUGCUUAUCCCAUUUUUGCAUAUUUUGAAAAAUUUAAGGAACUUCCUUUUUCUCUCUUUAGAGGAUUCUUCAGAUUCAUCAAGGGGCAAGAGUAUUCCGAGCUCUUUGUUCUCCUAUCGAGCAGAGGAUGAUGCUUCUUGCAUUUCCAACCAUGCAACCAACUCUAAUAGAAAAUCUGAAUAUUAUGCAUCAAAAAUGAACGAAUCUUCUAUUCGGUAUGUACCAGGCGUUGCUAUGGACGAAUCAAAGAACGGUGAAAUUUCAAAUAAUAAUAGGGGAUUUAAGAGCCUCAGCGAUCUUCAAAAUAUCGCACCAACUGAAGUGAAUGCUAAUCCAAAGAGGAUAUCAAUAACAGGAAAAGGUUUUUACCACUACAGUGAAAAUGAUGUAGUGAAAGUUACCAAUGAAGCUCAUCACGAGGUUCCUGGGCCAAACCAAGGUGAUAACUCUUUCCAGACUUUCUUCUCACCUAUUGAACAACCUUUUAUUAAGAAUGAUAGUGUAGAAGAGGACAGGAUAUCUAACGGCCAUCAAGAAGUUGGACCUCAAACAGUUGUUCAAGGAGAAAGUACCUUCAAUGAAGUUCAAGCUACUUUCCAGAAACAAACUUAUGCGGAUAUGAAAAAACGUAGAAUGCAAAUUCAAAAAAAUUUAAGGUCUAUAUUCGUCUAUCCGUUUUCAUAUAUUGCCAUUUGGAUUUUCCCUUUGAUUGUAGAUGCCACACAAUACAAUAUUGAACCUAUUCAUGGUCCUGUUGUUUGGCUCGUUUACCUAGCGACUAUAGCUCAGCCCUUGAAUGGCUUUGUGGACGCUGUUGUAUUUUUAUACAGAGAAAAACCGUGGAAAUAUUCAUGGCGUGAUGUUCAAGCGAAGGAAUUAGCCGAAAAGUGUCACGCAAAGGGUGAUAUGGAUAGAAAAGACUUAUAUGAGCUUUAUAAUAGCGAUUGGGGUAGAAAGGGAUGGUAUUACUGUGGAAGGUUCAAAAAGAAAGAAUGCUUGCGUCAUAAACCACAAAGAUGGAAACGUGCAAUAUGGUUUGUGAAUAGAUUUUUCGUAGGUCUCAUCAGGAAUAAUUUCUCAUAUGAAGAUAAUUGUGAUGACUCCUCUUAUUGGAGCCGGUAUUACUUACUAGAUAGAAAUUGUCAACCGACUGACGGCUCAAAAAGCGCCCCUCAUGAAAGGCAACUAUCGUUCCCUUCGGACUCAACCACGACGAGUGACUGUUUCAUCAAUGGAUUAAGCUACGUCGAGGUUCCCAUUUUCUGGAGAUUUAUACAUUUGUUCCCGAUGCUGAAGGGCGUCGAUUUGGAUGAAUUAAACCGUGAGUUGCGUUUGAAAACUCUCGGCGAUGAAUUCUCUGGAAGAACUGCCCCAAGAAAUUUGAGCACUCCAGAAUGCAGUGCUAAUAUGAGUAUUUUCAAGCCAAAUUAUUCCGUCGGUGGCUCUGGAAAAACAGGAUUUUCCCAAGAGAAGUUCCACCUUGAACCCUCGUAUACUCAUGAUAAUUUCAACUUGAAUACUGAUUUUAGCGAUGUAGUAAAAAAUCUGGCACCAACUUCCAUGGAUGCUCAUAAUCAUGAUGAUGAAAACAAAGUCCAAACCAAUGAUGAUAUGGAUAUGAUGGCAUUCUUAAAAGGUUCAAGUUCAUUAGCAUGA